GACGACGACGUGCUUGGGUGACUACGAUUGCAUGUACAUGUAUUAGGUCGUUUUAGCUGCAACAGCGCCUUUGGAGUGCUGCUACUGGGUUGGAGACAAGAUCCCUCCUCAACAGCCAAUCACAAUGGCGACUCGUCUGUUCCACGCCCUUGUGGUCUUCUUGGGCGUCGUCGUCGGCCUGGCUGGCGCGGCAGGAGAGCCAUGUCGGAUCGACGGGCAGGCGGCCGAGUCCUGCGUGCUUUCCCUGCCUGGUACGGGCUUUGAUGUGCUGUGUGCGUGUGAUAUGAGCGUGAAUCGCACCGUGUACCCUUUGCCCUUUGAUGUAAAGGCCAACAUUACCACGACCUCGAGCGAGACUGCGUUUGUGCUCUGGUCCCUCACCACCUCCAACAUCAGCGCCGAAUACCAGGUUGGCGCGCCUUUCAACCAAUCUGGCGUUACAAUGCUUCAGGACACUAUUGGCGAAUGGGCUUACAUGGGCCCCGGUCCAUUGAACCUUGCAACGACGGCCAACUAUUCAGACCCCACCGCCCCUGAUGGGGGUCGUCGAGUGGUCAUGCGCGUUGCAGCGACAACCGACGCCAUGGAUUCCCGUGACCGAAGCCCAAUGGUUGAGCUGGCCAACUCGCCUUGCUUGAUGGAUCCCGAAACGCCGUGCUACGUGACCGUCUCCCCGGGCUACAACAUUGUCAUGGGCACCAGCGCGGCAGCCCGAUUUGGCUGGCACCUCUACGCCGUCAAUGCCAGCCAUCGCGACGAUAUUGUCUUUGAACAGACGUUUUCCAUCUCAGAACUAAGUGUUACCGAGGUUUUUGAGAAGCGGUGUGGCAGUCUGGCUAUAUCCGUGGCCCUGCAAAUGUUUUAUUCCAAUGGUACUCUGGCCUACGAAGGUCCUCGCAGCAACAGCAGCCUCAUCGCCACCACCACCACGCCCUCCCCCCUGCCCAGCUUGUCGUUGGACGUUCGUCUCUCGACAAGCACGGACAAGCUGAACCUGAAAUGGGUUGACAGCGUGGAUGACGGUGGCUGUGGUCCCGUGAUCUACAACGUAUAUCUCGUCAACCUCAACACGAGCCAAAUCCUCGAUCACCAGUACAUCCCUUCAGGCGUCGAGCAUGCAACGCUCAGCGUCACGGGCACUCGUGCAGUGGGUCAGAUCCUUCAGGUUUGCAUCGCACCGUCCAAUGCCAAUGGUGCUGCAGACGUGUGGUGUCUUGAAACAUCUCCUUUGACGAAUCCCAAGAAGGAUCAUGCUCUGACACUAGCGCUGGCCAUUGGCUUGUCGUUGGCAGCCGUUCUGCUUGUGGCGGGCUUUGUCGUGUUACACCCACGCGAUCACGCGAUCUCUCUCUCUCUCUCUCUCUCUCUCUCUCUCUCUCUCUCUCUCUCUCUCUCUCUCUCUCUCUCUUUCUCUCUCGCGAUCGUGACCAUGAGCUCGUUUUGUGCGCGACUGGCGCUGGUGGUGGCCUGUUCGGGUCUCUUGGCUCUGGCUGCCAAUAGCACGGCGGGGAGUACAACCUCGGCUGCCACGACGGUGACGACGACGGCCAUGACCAGCACCAGCACCAGCACGACCACGAAACCGUUGCCCUGCAUCGAUGCCGACUACGCUCGACGAACCUCGUGCAACGGAGACGUGUACGGUGACAGCAACACCUGGUGCCGAUGCACCGGGAGUGUCGAUCGCUCCACCUUCCCAGAUCCCUUUGCCUAUACCAUCAACCCUCGCAGCACCUAUACCUCUGGCUUUCUCAUUGUCGCCGUCAACACGACCAACAUGACGGUUGACUACAGCAUGGUGGCCAUCCCCGCCUCCGACCUCAACGUGACCGGCACCACCGACGCGGGAUUCCCUGAGCACAUCUACCUGUUUCAAUACAUGCCUGCCAAGAUCUCUUUCGGCAUCAACUAUCCCAAUCCGGCCCCGGAUCACCCCUACGCCGUCUCCCUCAGCACCAUCAGCCUCACCAUUCAGAUGGGCUCCACCAGCCAGUCCCCUCUCGCCGCCUUUGACGAUCACUUUUGCCCUCACCGGCCGUCCGUCCGCAAUUGCAGCAUCAUUGUCCAGCCCACCUACCCCUCCAACGUCAACCUUGAACGCUUUGCCUGGAAAACCUAUGUCUCUGACGCAGACGGCCACAACAUGACCGCUUUCCCUGCCAUCUCCCUCCGCUCCUCCUGGACCUCCAUUUCCCUGCCCAAACGCUGUGCUCCGUACUCCAUUUAUGUCGCCAUGCAGGCCCUGUAUGCCAAUGGUACGGCCGGCCCCGAAGCUAACAUGAGCAAACCCACCAUCUUUACCAACGCCGAUGUCCCAGACCGACCCUCUGCUGUGACCAUGUAA